AUGGAUUUGUUGCUAUGUAAUCAACCUGAAGUAAUCCGAGAUAUUAGGAUGCUGGAUUAUUGUGAUUUCCCCAGUGAUAAUUUUCCAGUCGAGUUCUCAAUUACACAAACUUUCAGGCGAGCUCGUUGUAUCCGACUUAAUGUUUAUGAUUUCAAUCAUGGAAGAUUUCAAGAACUUCGGGCGUUCCUACAGGGAACACCAAUUGAAAUGGAUCUCACAGAAAAUAUUGAUGAGUGUUGGAUGCAAUGUAAAAGUAAUUUUCAAGCAGCCGUUGAUCAAUUUGUCCCUGUUAAGAUGAUAACCAAUAAAAAUUCUCCACCAUGGAUUGACUGA